GACUAUAUUUGCCCACGGUGUGAAUCUGGUUUUAUUGAAGAACUUCCUGAAGAGCCGAGGAAUGCUGACAAUGAGACCAGCUCCUCUACGUCAACCAGUGAUCAGAGCAGGCAUCCUUUUGAGAACGUGGAUCAGCCCUUAUUCACCUUGCCACAGGGCUACGGCCAAUUUGCCUUCGGGAUCUUUGAUGACAGCUUUGAGUUUCCGUUUGGGUCCAAUGUGCAGCCGGAAGACAACAGGGACUCCGAGAGCCGGAGGGAGCGAGAGCACCAGUCUCGGCAUCGAUACGGUGCAAGGCAGCCCCGAGCCCGUCUCGCCACGCGCCGUGCUGCUGGCAGGCACGAGGGAGUUCCCACGCUAGAAGGAAUUAUCCAGCAGCUGGUCAAUGGGAUUAUUGCACCUACAACAAUACCAAACCUGGGGCUAGGUCCUUGGGGAGUCUUGCAUUCAAAUCCAAUGGACUAUGCGUGGGGUGCCAACGGCUUGGAUGCGAUUAUUACACAGUUACUGAAUCAGUUUGAAAACACUGGACCGCCGCCAGCAGACAAAGAGAAGAUCCAGGCCCUCCCCACCAUACAAAUUGCGCAGGAACACGUAGAUUCUGGGUUGGAGUGUCCUGUGUGUAAAGAAGACUAUACAGUCGGUGAAAAUGUCCGGCAGUUACCUUGCAAUCACCUGUUCCACAACAGCUGUAUAGUCCCUUGGCUGGAACAGCAUGACACGUGUCCUGUGUGCCGGAAAAGCUUAAGUGGACAAAACACUGCCACAAACCCCCCAGGACUCACGGGGAUGAACUUCUCGUCAUCCUCCUCUUCCUCUUCCUCCAGCUCACCGAGUAAUGAAAACUCAUCGAACAACUCAUGAAUCUUAAUCCAACCCUCUGUCCCUGGGGCCCCGUCCAUUGCCCUUCCUCCCUCCCCAGCCAACGUAAGCCACGCGAGGGGCUUCCAGAGCAGAGCGAGGGGAGGGUAGCAAGGGGGAAGCAGCGCCCCCAGAAUUCCCUUUUGAGUUCUGAAGACGCGGAGACUCUGGGUCCUUCAGAGAUGAGAAGCCUCGAGUUCUGUGAUGGGGGGAAAGAGCUCUGUCUAUUAAUAAAAACAUCCAUUUGCCGCGUGGACUUUUGACCAUUGCAGUGAAAGGCUGCUCUGCCCCGCAGACGGGAAACCCGAGGUGCUGAGCUAGCGGUUGCAAUUCUGAAUGGAAAGGUUGUUUGUAUGGUUUUGAAUUUGAGAUUUCUUCAUUU